AGCUGGAAGGGCAUUCAAACAGUUUGUUCAACAGCAGCAGAGCAUCAUAAUUCAGCAACUCAGUUAGUUGUUCGUCAAUUUCUUCGACGCCAAAACCACAACACAACAAAGAUGGCAGCCACUCGUUCCCGCCGUUCAUCGACGACUUCCGCCCCCUCCAAUGAAACCACUCCGAAGAAAUCAAAGAAGCAGAUGCUGGAGGAGGCCCGUGAGAAAGCUCGCCUUGCAAUGUCGCCACAGACCAGUGGAACAGGCACGCCGAAACGAGCUGCCAAAAGUAUUGCGUCGCCAGAAGCCAAGAAGAAGAGCUCCACCAAACCAGUGGCACGUCAGUCCUCCAAGAAGAAGGAACCCGUCGUCACUACCGUGGAAAGAGAGACCGAUGAAAAGCCUACGAUCGUUCGUCCCGAGCCCAAGCAGUCCACGGCAACUGAAGAAAGCUUUGGAAUGGAUGGAAUGGAGCUGGAAGAUAAGAUGGCUCCAGUCUACGAAAAAAUUCCUGGGCUCUUGAUGAGUAUCAAGAAGAGUGGCGACCCUACGGAUAUCGAGGACCUGUUGGCAGUUGUGUACGAAGAUCUUCUUGCUGCUGCGGCGCAGAGUCAGAACCGUCGAAACAACAGCUUUGGUCCCAAAGCAGCGCCGGAGAUUACCAAUUACAUUGGGGAGACUUCAAGCACUGUUCUUGCGGUUGCACAGUUGUAUAACAACCACGCGAAAAUUCAAGCUCGUGCCAUUGAAUGCCUUGUACAGCUUUUGAAAUGCUCUCCCAGUGCAGAGGACUCGAUUACAAAGUUCGGAGGCCAAAUUGUGAAGGGGGGAUCUCGCUUCCUCCGGCGGCUUACGGAUCAAAGCUUUGCCACGAAUCCAUUCCUUUUGGGGCGCACAACUCCGCCAGUGUGGACUCGCUUUGUCAAGAAAGACAUGGGCGGAAUCGCAUUCUUGGUUGAGAUCAUGAAACAAUGGUGUGAUUGCAAGUCUGUUCUAAUUGACUGCAUUCGCUUGUUGCGACGCCUGGCUGUAGUCCAGCAAGCGCACAAUGCGAUGGAUGCAGCGGGCGCUGUGGAGUGCGUCUUGGCGGCCACGAAGCACCCAGACGAGGAAGUCAAGGCCGAAGGACAAGAAUUCAUGAAGACAUACUAUGGAGUCGAAUCUUCCUAG